UCUCUUUCUCUCUCUCUCUCUCUCUCUCUCUCUCUCUCUCUUGUAUGAGCUUAGUCGGCUCCGCCAUAGCUAUGGCCAUGGCCGUGGACCAUACUUUUGGGUUCGACUAUUCAGGCUAUGGCAACAACUCCGGCGCAACUGGCACGGCAGCCAUGGAAUAUGAAGUGAGUGGAGUGGGCUCUAGUAACUGGCCGGACUGGCCUCCAGUGGAGGACUGGGAACAUCUUGUAGGCCAAAACGACUUGGACGUCAUCGAGUCCAUGAUGGACGAUGCAGGAGGACUUGUCUACAACCUGGCUCCAACCGGGUCUGUUGAAGACGGGUCGUCGGUGGAAGAAGCGUCGUCCGUCGAAGAAGGGUCGUCGUCUCUCUCCGAGUCCACCGAGGUGGAGGUGAUGACGGUGGAAGAACAAACCAACGGCGUGGACAGGAACGGGCUGAGGUUAGUACACCUCCUGUUGGCGGCGGCGGAGGCGCUUAAACCGGCAAACAAAAGCCGGGAUCUGGCCCGAGUGAUAUUGUUUCGGCUCAAGGGAUUGGUCUCUCCCACAGAUGGAACUAACAUGGAAAGACUAGCGGCGUAUUUCACGGAGGCCCUGCAGUGGCUGCUAGAAAGCGCCGGCGGUGUCCACACCAAGCACCUCAUCACCAGCGGUUCCCACCGUGACGACCACCACAAUCAAACGGAUGUGCUGCACGCUUUCCAGCUCCUGCAGGACAUGUCACCCUACGUCAAGUUCGGCCAUUUCACCGCCAACCAAGCCAUCCUCGAGGCCGUCGCCAACGACCGCCGCGUCCACAUCGUCGAUUACGACAUCAUGGAAGGCAUCCAGUGGGCCUCCCUCAUGCAAGCUCUCGUCUCCCGCAAGGAUGCCCCCCCGGCCCCACAUCUCCGAAUCACCGCCAUCUCCCGUGCCGGUGGUUCCGGCCGCGGAAGAAAAUCGAUCUCCACCGUCCAGGAGACAGGCCGCAGAUUGACUGCGUUUGCGGCGUCGAUCGGUCAGCCCUUCUCUUUCCACCAGUGUCGGUUGGACUCUGACGAGACGUUUCGGCCGUCGGGUUUGAAGCAGGUGAGAGGGGAGGCGCUUGUGAUCAAUUGUAUGCUUCACCUCCCACACUUCAACCACCGGGCACCCGAGUCCGUGGCUUCCUUUUUAUCCGGAGCCAAGACCCUCAACCCGAGGAUUGUGACACUGGUGGAGGAGGAGAUGGGCCACGUGGGCAAAGGCGGCGAGUUCCUGGACCGGUUCGUGGACAUCCUGCACCACUACUCGGCGGUGUACGACUCGCUGGAAGCCGGGUCGCCCAUGCAGAGCCGGACCAGGGCUUUAGUGGAGCGGGUGUUCUUCGGGCCCCGAAUAGCCGGGUCAUUGGCCAGGAUCUACCGUGGGCUUGGGGAGGACGAGAGUGGGUCUUGGGGGGAGUGGUUGGCUGCGGGAGGGCUCAGGGCUGUACCCAUAAGCUUUGCAAACCAUUGUCAAUCGAAGCUUUUGUUGGGCCUGUUCAAUGACGGGUAUAGGGUGGAGGAGCUGGCGAAUAACAAGAUUGCUUUGGGGUGGAAAUCGCGGCGUUUGCUGUCAGCUUCUGUUUGGACGCCGCCGGACUCUGACCCUGUAACUUAAUUAAUCUGCUCAAUAUCCAUUAAUUUGUGUGCUUUUGUGUCUGCUUCCAUCGUUUUUCUUUUCAGCUCUCUGUGUUGUUAGUGUUUAACACCUAGAUGUGGGUCUUGAACCUUCUCGAUAUCUCCCCAAUUAAGUUUCUACUUUCUAGGUCGGUCGACAAAAUGUGCAGUGCAGGGGACCAAUUUCAUUUGUAACCAGGCACGGUUUUGUCAAUUUCGUUUUUAAGAUAAGAUAAUUAAUGUGGCUUUUUAGAAUUUGAGCUACA